GGUAUGUGACUACUAUACUGGAAGAUGCAAAAAUUUAUUCCAGCCAUGCAAAGAAAUCCAGCGUCGAUGCAGAUGACGUGAGGUUGGCGAUCCAGUGUCGAACAGACCAGUCGUUUACAUCCCCGCCGCCGAGAGAUUUCUUGUUAGAUAUCGCAAGGCAGAAAAACCAGAUGCCAUUGCCGCUGAUAAAGCCUUAUUCUGGACCCAGGCUGCCACCCGACAGAUACUGCUUGACGGCUCCCAACUACAGGCUGAAGUCCUUACAGAAGAAGGUCUCUUCCUCUGCAGGCAGGAUAACAGUCCCUCGCCUGAGUGUCGGUGCGGUGAGCAGCAGGCCCAGCACCCCUACUCUAGGUACCCCCUCAGCACAAACCGUGUCCGUCUCGACGAAAGUUGGCACUCCAGUGUCGCUGACCGGUCAGAGGUUCACCGUACAGAUCCCGUCCUCGCAGGCAGCCGUCAAGUCAGCCACAUCAACUACUCCGACAGUUCAGAAUGUUCUAAUUAAUCCUUCGUUAAUUGGACCAAAGAACAUUCUUAUUACGACAAAUAUGGUGUCAUCACAGAAUACAUCUAAUGAAUCGAAUCCCUUGAAAAGGAAGCUUGAAGAUGAUGAGGACUAUGACAAUUUGUGA